AGAGAGAGAGAGGCAUGGAUGCACUCAAUUCUACUAAACCCGACGACCACCAGAUUUUGGUUGAAGUGAAGUUGUCUGCAAGAAUAUUGACAUUGAAUAGACCUAAGCAACUAAAUGCCCUUUCAUUUCAAAUGAUUUCUCGGCUAUUGGAGCUUUUCGUUGCAUAUGAGGAGGAUUCUAAUGUGAAGUUGGUAAUUGUCAAGGGAAAGGGAAGAGCAUUUUGCGCUGGAGCUGAUGUUGCAGCAGGGAUUCGGGAUAUUAAUGAAGGUACCUGGAGAUUAGGUGCAAAAUUGUAUUGGACGAAGUUCACCUUAAUUUACAUUUUGGCAACAUAUCGUAAACCCCAGGUUUCAAUCCUUAAUGGAAUUGUCAUGGGAGGUGGGGCAGGGGCUUCAAUACAUGGUAGAUUCCGGGUUGCAACAGAAAAUUCGGUCUUUGCAAUGCCAGAAACAGCUUUGGGAUUCUUCCCAGAUAUGGGUGCCUCUUAUUUCUUGUCAAGACUCCCUGGAUUCUUUGGUAAUGGCAAUUACAUCAUUGACCUAUAUAGUAACUCUUUGGAUACCAAAUCUUUCCUAGAAAGGGGGUGGAGUUCAUUUUCUUUUAGAUUGUCUUUGUUGGAAGAAGCACUGUGCAAGGUAGAUUCAAGUGAUCCAGCCAUAAUCUCCGCAGUUAUUAAUGAGUACUCAAAGCAACCUUAUAUGAAAGAGAAAAGUGCAUAUCACAGAUUGAAUGUCAUUAAUAGGUGCUUUUCUCGAAGAACAGUGGAAGAAAUUAUAUCUGCCCUUGAGAGAGAGGCCUUGAAUAAGAAGGAUGAUUGGAUCUCUGAAACAGGCCUUAAAAUUUGUCUGAGAUCGAUUAGACAAGGACGGCUCCAAGGUGUUGGUCAGUGCCUUGUUCGUGAGUAUAGACUGGUUUGUCAUGUCAUGCAAGGAAAACCAAGCAAGGAUGUCUUUGAGGGCUUCAGAGCUAUACUAUUGGAUAAGGAUAAGAACCCAAAGUGGGAGCCCUCUAAAUUGGAGCUUGUUAGUGACGAUAUGGUUGACUCAUACUUCUAUAUGAUGGAUGAUGAAGGCUGGGAACAUCUAAAGCUCCCUGCAAGAUCUAAUUUGCCUGCAUAUGCCAUUGCAAAGCUUUAAUGCAUGAAGGUGAAAAAUGGGGAAA